AUGGCGGCUAUGUCAGGUCGGCUGUCCAUCGGCUCGCAGGCUGGAGACUAUAAGAUCCUGAAGAAGAUCGGAGAGGGAGGGAUGGGCCAAGUGUUCCUUGUACGACAUGUUGAGAAUGACAGGAACCUCUUCGUCUUGAAGAGUGUGCUCUGCUUCUCUCAAGGAGAUGCCAAGGACGCCCUCAAGGAGGCGAAGGUCCUCAAGGAGAUCAAGCACGCAAACGUGGUGGAGUACCUCGACGUUUUCCCUCAGGACGAGUCCAACGGAGUUGUCUCCGUGUGUACGGUGAUGGAGUACUGCUCGAGGGGCGACCUUGCUCAGCAUCUCACGCUGGUGCGGGAGCGACAGCGGGAGGGUCUGCCACAGGGCGUUAUCGUCACGUGGGUGGCUCAGCUGCUUGGAGCGCUUGAGAAGCUGCAUUCUCAGCUGGUGAUCCAUCGAGAUCUGAAGCCCCACAACGUGUUCAUGAGCUCUCAAGGACAUCUCAAGAUCGGAGACUUCGGGCUGGCGACCUCUCUUGCGAGCGGGAAAGUACUGCAGUAUGAGGGAUACGGGCCCUCCGUUGACAUCUGGGGCGUUGGAUGCCUGGCGGUGGAGAUGAUGACGUUGCAGUUCCUGUUUGAGCGGCAAGGCAUGCUCGCCAUGCAGGAGGAUGUGGUGGUGAGAGAGGAGGAGGAGGAUGAGAAGGACGGGAGAAUUGGGGGGGCUGGGAUGAUGGCAGUGUACUUGGUUCAACGGAAUCCACUGCAGCCAAAGGAUCUCCCCGCCAAGUUCUCGCUCUCCCUCCGCAAGCUUGUCGCCUCCAUGCUCCUCGCCGAGCCGGCAGAGCGUCCAGACGCGGCGACAUGCAUGCAGUACAUCGAGAACUCCGGGCAAGGUGAGGCGAACGCUGGGCUAGGAGGAAUGUACAGCAACUACAUGCUGCUGCAGGAGCAGGCGAGUUUCUUGAAUCCUGCGGCUCGUGCGUGA